AUGUCUUCCCCCUUGAUCUAUGGCAAGUCCCCCCAUCAGCCGCUGUGUCCUUACCGCGGUGGUGCUUGGCCUACCUCCCGAUCCCAGAACUGACCCAAGCUCCAUGCUCCAUCCUCCCUGCUCCCUGCUCAACCACACCCGUCACAGUCCCCAAAAAAGUCACCUCCGACGUCGACUUCUCUUCCCACCUGCGUAGCGUGAUCCAACGUACCUACGGUGAACCACCGGACCACUACACGGACGAGAUCCAUCAACUGAACCGGGCUCGACAGGAUGCGUUGAGGGGUUCGGCCGGCAGCGAUGUGACGGCGAGGGACUUGCUGUACAAGUAUUUCGGCCAGUUGGAGUUGUUGGAAUUGAGGUUCCCGGAAUUGAGGGUGCCGUUCCCUUGGUAAGCAGCGCUGGGGAAGGAGGCGUCACCACGCGCGCCGCACCCCCCACACGCGAUCGGAUUGCUCAUCGAGGCGCUCAUCCCACUCGACACGCAGGAACGACGCCUUCACCCACGUCAAAAUAUCACAAUUGUCCCUGGCCUAUGAGAAAGCCUCCGUCAUCUUCAACAUCGGUGCGACUCUGUCCUCCCUCGCGGCGUCGUCACCCCGGUCCUCUCCCGAAGGUCUCAAACGAGCAUUCCACUCGUUCCGCUGCGCCGCAGGCAUGUUCACCUACAUCAACGACAACUUCCUCCACGCCCCUUCGACCGAUCUCAGUCGCGAGGUCGUCAAAGUCCUCGUCGGGUUGAUGUCCGCCCAAGCGAUCGAGGUCUUCAUCGAGACGAUGGGUCCUUCGGCGGGCGUGACCAAGGGUGCUGGCUUGAGGGCCAAGUUGUGCAUGCAGGCUUCGAUGGCGUACGCGAACGUCAUCGAGGAGGUCAAGGAAUGGGUCACCAAGAGCGUCUUCAUUCGGGAAUGGAGUUUGCUCAUUCAGGCAAGUCAGCUAACGUUCGUGGAGGUCAUUCUCGCCCGUGGUGGGGACUGACCCGAUCGAGUCAAUUUUCGGAUAACCUCUCCAGGUCAAAGCCAAGUACUUUACCUCUCUGGCUCAGUACAACCGUUCCUUGGCCGAUUCGACCUCACUCCAAUACGGAGAAGCGUUGGCCCGACUCAAUAUCGCCGAAGCGGCUGCCAAAGAAGCCCUACGACUCGCCAACGCUUUCGCCGCUUCCUUCUCCACCUCUUCCUCCGCCUCUUCACUCGCUCCCGAUUCACCCGUCACGCUCAUCGAAUUGAACAAGACUCACCUCGGACUCGUCACGGAGGCCAAGAACAAGGCGCAAAAGGACAACGACAUCGUUUAUAACGAAGUCGUCCCUUCCGAAGCCUCGCUCGCACCGAUCGAUAAAGGCAAGGACGUCGCCGAACCUGUCGCGAUUCAUGACGUCUACGCAACGCCUGAAGUGCAAAAGAUCGUAGGACCUGAUUUGUUCAUCAAACUUGUGCCUUUGAGCGUGCAUGAAAGCGCGAGUAUGUACUCGGAAGAAAAAGCAAAAGUCGUACGUGGCGAAGUGGAGAGGUCCGAUUUGGCGGAUGGGGAAUUGGCUGCGGCGUUGGAGUAUAUGGGCCUUCCGGCGAGUUUGGAGAGGUAUAGAACUGGGACCAGUGGACAGGCUAGUCUUUCGGACGUGGGACCCCAAGUUCGAACUUGGUCCGAACAGCUGAGGAGGGACGAGGCGCAAGGUAGGGUCGACGAUUCGUUCCGAAGGCUGCAACAGAUCAAGGACAACGUCACUCGUCAACUCGACUCGGUUUCGCAAGGAUUGGAUCAGGAAUCGAGGGAAUGCGAAGCGAUGCGCGUCCAUUUCGGCCAUUUGUGGGAACAAGUCCCCGCCGCGGGGUUGACGAAGUCGUAUAGGCAAGAUUUGAGGUCGCACAAGGAGUCCCUAGAGCAAGCUUCCCAUUCGGAUGCGCAGGCCUUAGGCCUAUGGGACGGCGUCAAGAAUGAUGUGGCGCUACUGUGCGACCCCUCGGGACAAGCUUUGGAAAGGGCUUUCAUUGAAGCCGUUGGAUCGGCCAGUGCUUCGUCGAAUCAAGCGAAUUUGUUGGAUGAUCCUACGGGGGACGAGGACGAGGAAGAAGAAAUCAAGAAGCGCGUGACGAGUAUCUCGGACAACCUCAGUAAAUUGAACAAGGUCAAGAAGGAACGUCAUGACGUCCUCAAGGACCUCAAGGAACGGGUCCAAGCGGACGAUAUUUCGCAUUUGCUCAUCUUGAAUCGGAAAGGAUCGGCCGCGCUCGAACCUUCGCUGUUCGCGACAGAGUUGGACAAGUUCCGUGCACACCAAUCGAGGAUAACUGCGACGUUGCAACAUCAGUCUUCGACGUUGGCAGAGAUCAGCGCUGACUUCAAGGUCAUUAGUGAGGGCAAGAAGGCGCGCGAGAUGCAAGGCAGGUGGGGGGAAGCCGAACGCCACAAGCGCGACCUCAUUACGAGGUUGGGACACGCGGCGCAGACUUAUGGAGAGGUUCGAACGGCGUUGCAAAAAGGGUUGCAGUUCUAUGGCGACUUGUCCGAGUUGGUCGAGGGGUUGAACAACCAGGUCAGGUCGUAUCUGCAGGAACGGGAUGGGGAAAGAUCACAGAUGGCUUCGUCAGCGAGCGUCAAGCAACGUCUCGAGGCGCCGAGUUCGACGACGUCGCCUUCCCUCGAUCAACAGUUUGGAGCGAUGGAUCUUGGGUCACGAGCUGGGGCAAACCCUUCGUGGGCUAGUUCGACUUCGCCUGCUCCUCCAUCGCAUUACUCGAGCCCUCAACCGCCUGCACCGCCUGCGAUCCCUGCGUAUCCACAACAUGCGUUUUCAUCCCCUCCGCCUGCUGCAACCUCCCCGUAUUCGAACUUCCCUUCGAGCGGAGCUUUCUCUACCACCCCCGCUCCUCAACCCCCCUCUCAAUACUCGGCCUAUCCAUCCCACUACGGCCAUAACCCAACCUCAUCACCCCCUCCUCCACCACCUCCUUCACAGCCCUACGGCGCACCCGCCCCUCGACCGCCUGCAUCAUCAAUCCUACCCCCACCUCCUCAACCCGUCAAUUACUCGGGUCUGCCACCUCCUUCUCAACCCGUUCCGUACGGCCAAUAUUCGGCGCCUGCACCGCCUCAACACCAACAACAGCAGCAAUACCCCUCGUCGGCGUAUGGUCAAUCCCCCGCACCUCCGGGUUCGAACCCAUACCAAUACGGGGGGCCGCCGGCGACUUCAUCAUAUGGUGGUUCUCAAGUCCCACCGCAGAGACCUCAUUACCCUCCACAAGGUCAACCUCAGCCUCCUUCGAGACCGGCAUAUUGA